UCCUUAAUCCUCUAAAGCUGUUCGUAGCUGCUGAGAUCUCGAGAAGAAUCGCACAUGAGGGUUUUGUGCUCGCGGCACCCAGGAGUUGAACACGUUGAAGGCACGCGCCGAUUCAUCUUCAGCCCAGUCAGUCCGAGCAAAACAUCCAAGCACAUCAUCAAUUUCCCCCAAAGAAAGCUGGUGAAAGCAAGCAAAGACAGCACAUCAUGAUUCGCUCACUAUUCUUCCUGCUGCUCGGCGUGUUUGCGCUCCUGCGGACGGCAGUGGGUCACAACGUCAAGCUCGAAGCGCAGGGACGCGAGUGCUUUUUUGAGGAUCUGAGGGCGGGCGAUACGAUGACUGUGUCGUAUCAGGUCGGUGAUAGCGAUGCGUCUGCGUCUAGUGGAAGCGGUGGAAUUGAUUUCUGGGUCAAUGAUCCUCGAAACUCAGCCGUCAAGGUCGAGAAAGACGUCCAGCACGGCGAGUUCACAUUCGUAGCCUCCCACAACGGCAGAUACACCUACUGCUUCUCGAACGAGGCGGCCGGCUACGUGAGCAAAGAAAUCGGAUUCAACGUCCACGGCGUGGUCUACGUCGACGCGUCCGAGACUCCUGAGGAUCCGCUCGAGCACGAGAUCAAGACGCUCUCGCAGCUGCUGGAGCAGGUCAAGGAUGAGCUCGAGUACAUCAUGAUCAGAGAGCGCGUGCAUCGCAACACGGCUGAGUCAACAAACUCCCGCGUCAAGUGGUGGAGUAUAUUCCAGAUCGGCGUCGUUGCGGGAAGCGGCGUCUUCCAGGUUUACUUCCUCAAGCGGUUUUUCGAGGUCAAGUCUGCUGUUUAGAUAGAGGAGGUUUGAUGAAGAGGCCGAGUGGGUUACGUGGUAGCUAGCCAAUCCAUUUAUGUCAUGA